AUGGAUGUUAAACGGAAGAUUGGAUUGAGUGAAGAUUUGAAUUUCAGUUCUCUCAACGAACAACAAACUGUUGGCUAUAGUUAUGAACGAAGUUUUCAAUUGGGAACAUUUAAAGCCACCAAAACUCGAUCCAGUACUGCACAAAAAUCUUCAGAAUACACAGAUUUGUUUCUCCCUUUCUAUAAUGAUCUCACUCCUAAAAUAUCGUCAUCUAAGUACAAAAAUAAGCCGUUUUACGUUUUCUGGUCAGCUUCAAAAGAUUGGAUAACUUUGGCUCUGUUGGGUAUAAUAAUGGCUGUAUUUUCCGCUCUGAUGGAUGUUACUAUUGAUAUUCUACAAAUAUAUCAUACACAACUAUAUGAUAGUGUGAAACUAUCUCAACAUACAGUUGUCACCUAUUGCGUUUGGGUUGUUUAUGUUGUUCUAUUGAUAACAUUAUCGUCUUUGUGUUGCCAUUAUAUUGCUCCUCAAGCAAUAGGAUCUGGAAUACCGGAAAUGAAGACUAUUCUCAGAGGUGUUGUACUAAAAGAAUACUUGUCCUUCCGAACUCUGAUCUCAAAGAUGUCUUCACUUACACUAUCAUUGGGAAGUGGAUUGCCAAUGGGAAAAGAAGGACCAUUUGUUCACAUAGCAUCUAUAGUUGCGAACAUCUUGUCUCGUUGCUCUUCGGGAGCUGCUGGAGUUUUCGAGAACGAGUCGAAGUCGUCGGAAAUGCUUGCUGCUGGAUGCGCUGUAGGUGUAGCUUGCACCUUUAGUGCUCCCGUUGGAGGUGUUCUGUUUUCUAUCGAAGUCACUUCCGUGUACUUCGCCGUGCGAGAUUAUUGGAGAGGUUUCUUUGCUGCUACCUGGAGUGCGACAGUCUUCGCACUAUUAAGACUUAUUUCCAAAGCAAAGCUAGAGUCUGAUACUUUUGAUCUUUCCUUCGAAGCUCAUUAUCAAACUUACUUUCCGGAAAAAGAUUCGUUUAGGCCCUACGAGUUGCCUGUUUUUGUUGGUAUCGGAUUAGUUUGUGGGUUUUUGGGAGCUCUGUACGUAUUCGUUCAUAGAAAAGUUGUAUUAUUUAUUCGUAAGAAUCGGUUCUCUCAGUUCUUAUUCCAGAAACACUGGCUUUUAUAUCCAAUUUUCAUAUCUUUUUCUAUAUCAUCUAUUACAUUUCCUCUCGGCUUAGGUUCCUAUUUAGGAGGAGAGACGAAGUUUGGUGAAACACUAUCAGAUUUCAUUGCUGAUUGCUCAUGGGUACUUCCUGCGCACUAUGAAUACUCAUGUUAUAACUCCUCUAAUCAUACUAUUGAUAUGAAACAGUGGACAGGCCCAGACCAGGGCAGCAAUAUCUUUCUUAUUUUAGUUAUAUUUCAAGUUGUUUUUUUUUUUUUAACCAUAAUUGCUACGACGCUACCUGUGCCUACCGGAAUUUUUAUGUCUGUUUUCAUAUUAGGAGCUUCUCUAGGAAGAACUAUAGGCGAAUUGAUAAUUUUUUUUAAUCCAAACGGGUUGGAUCCAUCAAGACCUGACGUUUGGAUCAGACCUGGAGUGUAUGGUGUAGUAGGUGCAGCUGCCUUCACUGGAGCUGCUACUCAUACAGUGUCAAUUGCUGUGAUUGUGUUCGAGUUAACUGGUCAAUUAGUUCUAUUACUACCUGUUAUGUUAGCUGUUCUUGUGGCAAAUGCUGUUGCAUCUUUCUUUCAAUCAUCUAUAUAUGACUCCAUAAUUACCAUCAAGCAUUUACCUUAUCUACCGGAUAUACCUGUCAGAUCUACUUCAAUAUUCCACAAUAUUCUCGUAGAGCAUUUCAUGGUAUCUCCCGUAAAGUUCAUUGCGCGAGACUCAACUUAUGCGGAUCUGCAAGAUAUUGUUCUGUCGAUGCCUAAACUUAAAGCGUUUCCUUUGGUUGAAAGCAAAAAUCGUCAAACUUUGCUCGGUUCAAUAAGUAAGCUUCAACUAGUGCGAAUGUUGGAAACAAAAGUUGGAGGACGCGCUCGACAGGCAGAAGCUAGAAGAAGGGUGAAAAAUGCUCUAGAUGAUUUGGACGAGCGUUUGAAGAACUCGCAGGAUUCUAGUGCAUUUGAUGACAGUGAAACAAUUGCUCUUUCUCUAGAUGUUCCUGCGAAGAAAAAGGCGAGUCGAUUUACUGUCGAACCAGUGAUAAUCCCUGCUGCCAAUGAUGGGAAAGAAACUGAGAGUGGAAAGAAGUUGCCCGUGCCUUCUGAAACGGCCACACAAACCGUCCUUGCGAUGGGUAAAAAGCGAAACAAACGAGACGGCGAAGAAGAUACGUAUCACACGAUAUCGGGGAUGUUCCGUUCGAUUGGAAAGAUGAGCUUUGGAAGAACUUCAAAACCUUACCAAAGGGAAACAGAGUUUGACUUAUAUAGCGAAGAAAAAAGAGAGUGGGAAGAACAGAUGCUACAUGACUUAAUAGAUUUAUCCAAUUGCCAUAUUGAUCCAGCUCCCUUUCAAUUAGUUGAACACACGAGUCUGACGAAAGUUCACUCCAUCUUUUCUCUUCUGGGGUUGAAUAGAGCAUAUGUCACAGAAUGCGGAAGACUGAUUGGAGUCGUAGCACUUAAAGAACUUCGUCAAGCUAUUCAAGACGUACACGCUGGACAAUUGUUGCCAAACGCAAAUGACAACGUCACAGAAUCAAAAGAAACGUCCCCUCUCACAAAAGAUACGAUUCUCAGCUGUCAGUCUGACUUCGAAAGUUCAUAUGCGAACGUGACCGAAAGCAAAUCUGAUCCCUGCAUCCUAGCAGAUCUCAAUCACUCUGAUGGUGAUAAUUCUGCCAUUGUAGUAGAGAAUUUUGGCUAUAAUGAUGACGAGCCCAAUCACUCUGUCGAAAGGAAAAGAAACAGCAAGAAGAAACGAAAACUACACGUGCAGAUUAUAGAGCCUGACAGCACAGAAUAG